AUGGAUGGACCUGACCCAUUUUACGUUGUGCGUGAUGAAAUAGUCAAGUCUUUGGACCAUGCAAAGGUGGAAUUCGAGGCAUGGAAGCAUGGCGUUAUUUCGAGGUCAACUGAUGUAAAGCCCCUUGAGACUGCUCUGAGAGAAACUGUCAGAAAUAUUGAUUGGGACAUUGAGGAUCUUCAGGAAACGGUACAAAUUGUGGAAAAGAACCCGUCAAAGUUUCGUAUAAGUGUCGAGGAGCUGCGGUCACGCCGACACUUUUUGCAGGAGGUGAAAACCAUCGUGAAAAAUGUGAAGGAUCAACUCUGUCAUUCCAAUGAGCUUCUCAAUGAGAACCUUAAGAAUAUAGAUUUUGACGUUGUGAUCUCAACCAAAGCAUCUCCCGGUGCUAUCACGAAUAUCAGUGCCAAAAAUCCUAGUUUUCCAUCGGCGGUGGAGGUGGAAAUGGGUGGAGAUGGCAAUUUCACGGAGAACUUAAAGUGGCGCAGCGAACAUCCAGGCACAGACGCGCCAGGCCUGUUGGCGGAGCAGGUUGCGCUGUUGCGCGAGCAGGACCAGCACCUGGACCAGCUUGGUUCAAGCAUCUCGCGGCUCAAACAGAUGUCGCACCGUAUUGGAGGGGAGCUUGGAGAUCAAGUGGCCCUACUGGAUGAGUUUAGUGAAGAGAUGACCCGCACGGAGUCGCGGUUGGACAACGCCAUGCGUCGCGCGGCCCGCCUCCUCCACAUUGAUUCCUCACGCGCCCAGUGGUUUGUCAUCAGCAUCCUCCUCCUCACUCUCCUCAUCAUUCUCAUCCUCUUCGUUAUCCUCUAG